UCGUGAUUUUGAUAUCUGUCAGUCAUCUUGAUUUUUGUUGUCAUUUUCUAAAUAAAUUCACAAGUUAGAUUAAAAACUAAAAAUGAAUGAUCCCAAUAAAGCUAUCAACGUAAAUUUGUCCUCGCUUUUAAGUUUAAAGGCUGAACUAUUACGUAAACAGGCAGAAGUGAACAAAGCAAAAACUAUUCAAGUUCAAAAUCAACAGAAUGAAUAUUCAUCUAAAAAAACGCACAUAUUUAAUAAUUGCUUGCCCGCGGAUGAAGCCAAAAUAAACCAGAGGAAUAAAAAGUCUGGAAUGAAAGCCGUUCAGGCUGGUGAUGAUAUUACUGUUUACGAGCACGAAGAUAGCGAGUUGGUGGAAAAGUCAAAACGUGUACUGGAAGCAAAAAGCAAGUUUUACGAACGUAUGACUCGCACUGGAGGACAAUUAAACUCAGAUGAUAAUUGCUUAGUGUUAUUUAAUCGCAAGCAUCAAGAAGAAUGCAAAGACAAUAGUUACUCCAAGAAAUAUGUUGAGCAAUGUACAGAAAAUAAUUCAAAUAACAAUGAAAGCGAAAGUGAGGACGAAAACGCGUCGGAUGAAGAAGAUGAUUGGGUCGAAUAUACAGAUUGUUUGGGACGUACCAGAAAAUGUCCACGAGAAGAUUUGGAAGUCGUGAAAAAAAGAGACGCUGAAUUAGCAGCUAGUAUGCCGGAACGGUUAGAUCAAUCUAAAGUUAAUUGGAUGAUAAAUACGACGGACACUCAAAUUGAAAAAGAUAAAGAAUAUGUAUCUUACGGUCCCACAACAUGUCAGAGUUUAUAUGGCGAUGCGAUUUCCUUAAUGUCCAAACAUGACGAACAACGGGCCACAUGGGAGCGCAAGGAACAGGAAAAUCUCGACAAGAUUGAUGUGCACUAUCAGGAUGUUUUCUUUGAUGAGGCAAGACAGCAUGGUGUCGGUUACUACACCUUCUCAACAGACGAAGAAGAACGUAAAAAACAGCAAAAAGAAUUAGAAGAUGCUAGACAAUCUACCAUUGAAGAACAGAACCGACGUGAACAGCUUCGUGCCCAUCGGGAAAAGAUUAUUUCAGAACGGGUGCUUGCAGCUAAAAAUAGGCAACGAGCCCGGCUUGGCCUGCCCCCUCUUGAGAAAGUUGAGGAAAAUGAAAAAUAUGCAAAUACAACCGAAGAGACAAAGGACGAGCGUAAAGCUAGAAAACAAAUAGAAAAAAUUAAACGAAAACAAGAAAAGUAUGAAAAAGAAAGAGAGUUAGAGCGUAAUAAUCAUGUACGCCCAUGGGACAAGGAAAAAGUAUCCACAGGAAGUACCAAUUCAGCCAUAGACAAUGACAUGACUGAGCCAAAAUGGUCGUAUAAGCCAGAGAAAUUGCCGAUGUGUCAGGAGCAGUGGAAUGAGAAGAAAAGAUCUGAACGGAUAGAAGAAUUUGGGCCUGUUAGCGAUUCACAAAUACAGAAUCAAUACCAACCAAAACGCAAAAAUUUCACCAGUAUGCCCCCACCUGAAAACCUAGUUUUCAGGGACAAAUCCAACAAAGACAAUCCCUUUAAAACUGAAAAUUUCGUCAGUUAUCAAUCAUCUAAAAGCGAUAGGACGUUUCAACGACGCAGCUACGGUGCUGAGUCCGUGGAAUCGAAACAGUUAGGAGCUGCCAUAGCACCACCUGUUGACCUGGAUUACGUUUCUUUACCGCAUACCAAAAAACUAAAAUCCAGUAGCGAACUUGAAAGUUCUAUUGAAGCAGGUUUACGUUUUCUACGUAACAAUUGUGAUAAAGGAAAUUUGACAACCAAAUCCUCUUGGACAGCAAAGGCAGAUUAUUAAGUAAUUGCGAAAACCAAUGUUACCUACAAACAUACCAAUGUAUGUAAUGAUAAAUAUCGAUAACACAUUAUUUUUAAGCAGCUAAAUUUAUUUACUCGUAUGUAUGUGUGUAUCAUAUGCGUUCGCUUGUUUUAUCGAACAAGUAUGGAACAUUUUUUAUUUUGUUUAUACAAAUUCAUUCGAGCGACAAUAAACAAUAUUGUUGCAAAUUGUUAUUGUCAGUAUGAAUUUUUUGGUAAUAUAUAAAAUAAUUU